GGGGGUAUUUUAGCAGCAAGCGCUCCUUCAAUGGUUUCCCCUCUAUCUCCUUUUGCCUUUGCCAUUGCAAUGCCUCUCGAUUAGCCCACAGCGGGAGGAGGUUACAAUCCCUUUUUCCUUUCAAGGUAGGGCAGAAUGCUGGGCAUGUACGUGCCGGAUAGGUUCGCCCUGAAGUCAUCUAAAAUUCAAGACGGGAUGGGGCUCUUUACGGCUCGGAGAGUGAAAAAGGGUGAAAAGUUUGGACCAUUUGCAGGAGAAAAGCGAAUGCCACAGGAACUGGAUGAAAAUACAGACUGCAGGCUAAUGUGGGAGGUUCGUGGAAAUAAAGGUGAAGUGCUUUAUGUUCUGGAUGCUAGCAAUCCAAGGCAUUCUAACUGGUUGCGAUUUGUACAUGAAGCUCCAUCUCAAGAACAAAAGAAUCUGGCAGCUAUCCAGGAAGGAGAAAACAUUUUCUAUCUAGCUAUUGAGGAUAUUGAAACAGAUACCGAACUCUUGAUUGGUUACCUUGAUAGUGAUAUGGAAGAAGUAGAGGAAGAAAAUGAAGAGGAAGGCAUUAUUAACCAGGAAGAAGAGGAUAGCAACAACAACAGUAAUGGCACUCAUAAGGAAUUGCAACAAAAUAAUGAAAAAGAUUGUUUUCCCUGCAAAGAGGACCAUGCUUGUCCAAACUGUGAAUCUAGUUUUGCAAGCCAGGAAAUAUUAGCUGAACACCUUCAGACAUUGCAUCAAAAACCCAGUGAAGAAAAAGAAUUCAAAUGCAGGAAUUGUGGAAAGAAAUUCCCAGUAAAGCAAGCUUUACAAAGGCAUGUCCUUCAGUGCACAGAAAAUGUGAAUCCAGGAAAUUGUUCAAGAAGUUCUCAGUGUUCUAUUUGCAACAUAUCCUUCAGCUCAGAAUUGAGUUUUGAACAACACAAAGAAGCAUGCCGAGGAGAUGCUAGGUUCGUAUGCAAGGCUAUCAGCUGUGGGAAGAGGUUCAAGAGUAAGGAUGCCUUGAAAAAGCACAAAGAAAAUGUUCACACUGGUAAAUAACAUAUUGGAAUUGUCAUUACUAAGGAGAAAUUUCACCAGUUUUAGAAUGUAUUAAUGCACAGUUAAGGAAAGAUUAUGCUUUUUUUUUUUUUAACAAAUUGUGGGAGCUACAAGUGAAGGUUCAAAUUCAGAGGAAGGUAAUUCGGAACACUAGUUUUUGUAAAAAGCCAUAAGAAUCUGUUGUCGUUGUCAUCAUCUUCACUUGUGAUGGUUGAGCAGUUGCUGAUACUGAAGCAGCAUCGCAGACUCACAAGCAUUUAUAUCAAGGCCUUUUCAUCCUUCUACAUGUGGCCAAAUGAACAGCAUGGUCUAGACAGAAAAUGAAAAAUGGAGGGUGAUUUCCCAGGAUCAGUUUCUGGGAAGGUAAUUUCUGCUCAGAAUAAUAGGUGUGUUGUUGCUCUCACUGCCCCACUUAAAUAUGGGUCUCUUUAUGAUUACCCUAUGUUGUUUUUAGACCCCCCUCAAAAAAAGUAUACAGCUAACUGAUUCCUGAAUAUACAAAUCAACUGAUUUUAGUGUUUGUGUUCACAUUUUGAAAUUGAUUUUAAAGAACCUGACAAAACAUAGUGCAUUAGUCAUGUGCAAGUUUCAAAUGGGAAUAUUUUCCCCAAUUCAUAUGUUUCUUUUGUAACUGUAGUGUUACGGCACAAAAUCCACUUCUUUUCUAUAUGUGUUGUAACAUUGCAGGCAAAGGAACAAAGCUUGCAACAUGAAACUGCAUUCAUUAGGCUGAUUAAAGUAGCAAAAACAUACGGAUGCUAAGAUCUUCUUAUCCAUUAGAAGUGAUCGGAUGAUAGCCUCUUGCUGAAUAAAUAGAAAUCAUAAGGUGGGGUGUAAGGCAGCUUGGCUUCAGGGAAAAAGCUUGUGGAAUGAAUAGACAGAGCUAGCAGGAGUUUGCCUGUAAUAAGCAUGUUUUCUUGAUACAAAACAGUCCAGAAUAUAUAUAAAUGUGUAGCAAACCUUGAAAAAAUAUCAACAAGUGGCAAUAUUUCAGUUCAUGAGAAAGGGGUCAGCAACAAAUUGAAUAGUGAAAUCAUCUAGGCACAUUCAAGAAGAUACAGAAAUACUGGAGCAAGCCUAGUGAAUAAACAGCUAGAAGUUGAUUACAUGGGUGAAAUAGGGUCUGUGUACUUAGGAGAAGAAAAGAUUCCAUGAUUGAAGAUCUCUAAAGGAUGCAGAAGACAGACAAGUCAUUGUAGUUUUUAGUUUUCUACUAUGAGAAAUUGAAUUAAAAACUGCAUGUGAAAUGUGUUAUCUGUGAAAGCAAGGAUCAAGAACAUGACAGAAGAACGUCCAUAAUUUAUCCAAUGAAAAAUGACUUUUUCUGUGUAUAGGAACAAGAUAGUAGCAUUACCUGUUCCUACAAUCAAAAGGAGAGGGCCAGAAUGUAGCAUUGGAAGUCAGUAAUUAGCUAUACAAAAGGUGUUGAUAUUUGGAGAUAUUUGGUUUCAGGUACCAUAGUCUCUGUCAACAAAUACAACCAAGAAAACUAGAUUCUUGGAGCCUUUUAAAACAUUUUUUUAAAAAGGGAAAACAAGUCAUUUUGGAUGCAGCAAUCUUGACAACUACAUUUAUUUAUAUUUUAUAUAUUCUAUUAAUUUUGUUAAAAUGGAGAUUUCCCAAUCCUCCUGUUAGGUACCUGUUGGUGGAGUGGAGGGUUGCCUCCCAUUUUCUGGAUGAAAAAAAAUGCAAAUGUUGUUCUUGUAAUAUUUUUCAAACCUCUAUUAUUAUUUUUCCAUACUCUAGAAAACUGACAAAUUUGUUAGAUCGGAUAUAUCUAAAUGAUGGUCUGCUGGUGCAAAAUAUGUCAGUCUACUAAGUAGAACAGACCAGGGAAUCAAUUCCACAAGAAGGAUAAACUUGCUUUUAUGGAGAUUGGCUGUAAUACAGUCUUUGAGAAAAAAAUGAUAAACUGAAGAUGGCUCCACCUUUAGACAAUGGCGGAAUGAAGAACUGGCUACUCACAAGUCAUCUCUGGAAAAGGAUAGGAUAGGAUAGGAGAUUGCCCCAAAGUAUUCCAGACAGUUGCAAUUUGCAAGGAGACCACAAGACAGUCUCUGAUGGGUUUAGAACUGUGGGAGAAGAGGGAAUAGCCAUCUGACUCAAACUAUAGUUAGCACCUUCAAAAGGACACCUGGUUCACAUACUUCUUUUUGUAAUCACUUUUGCAAAUGGUUUUUUAGCUGCUUUUCAAUUAUGAGGAGCUUUGGAUCAACAAGUCUGAAAAUAUUGGGUGAGCUUCCUUAGCAAGAAGUUAAUAAGGUUUUUUUUAAAUAAAUGACAAAAAGGUAGUCAGAACUUUGAUUUUAUAAAAUGGCAAAUCAACUAAGGAUCUAUAUGGAUUUGAAAUAUCAUUUUGGAAUUAAUUGUAAAGAAUUCUUCCCAUGAGAAAAUGCUUUUAGUUUGAGUUCUUUAAAAAAACAGGACGGGACUUUGAAGGUUGUACACUAGAGGAAACUGCAAGGAACUAAAAAUUAAAAUUAAAAGAGAAGAAUACUCAAACUCUAUUUAAAAAUACAGAAAGUAGCAAAAUGCUUUUUAACGAUGUAUAUAUUAAAAGAUAUUUUUAAACACAAGAUAAUUUUAAGAUCCUCUGCCUCCCUACAGAAGAAGAGUUGCUAGUUGUAUUUUAAGAAAAGAUGAUAACUUAUUAAUAUUGUUUAUAUUGUGAAUAA